GAUCUUGUGUCGCAUUACGCACAAACCGCGCAGCGCCAGAACCUCGCUAUCAGUCACCAUGAUUCGAAAUCACUUUGGAAUCCUGGUCAAAUAGGAUCUUCGAGGACAUGCUUUACGCACAAUCUACGCAGCCACUGAAUGCAUCUUUAUCAACAUGUUUGACGAGAUCUCCGUCCCUUUCUGCUUUCAUUCACACAUAUCUCCCUCCGUUCUUCAACUCUUCCCUCUCAGCGCAAGUCCAAAAUACAAACACGGUAGCGCUGUGAUUGUUUUUAAACUCCCUCCUUACACAUCAUUACGAGGGCGAUGGCAGACUACACCUCUGCAUUGUUAGUAUCCAAUAUCCACUGCCCGUCCUGUGUCACCCAUGCCCAAGAUGUCCUACGUGAGAUUCCAGACAUCCAGUUGCCGAUCCAUGUUUCGUUGAUUGACCAUACCAUUCGCGUUAAACAUGAACAUGACAAAACGCAGGAGGAUAUCGUCAACGAAUUGAUCAAGGCAGCUUUCGAGGUCCAACAUGUCACCACCAUCGGCCCAAAUGGUGUGCAAACACACGACUACGAUGUGUUACCGAAACCUACCACCGUUUCCUCCUCAAGAUCAACAUGGCUCAUGUCUCGAGCGCAACGGAAGCACAUUGAAAAUUGCAAGGCAUGCCAGAGCAAGAGAGAGCGGACACCGAAACGAUCAUGGGCUACACUCAUAAGGCAACGUCGACUGCUGCGAAGCAAGACCGAUGACACUGCAAAAUCGGAUGAUACACUCGUCAACGAUCAGCCUGCUGUAAUAAACAUUGACGGUGCUGCUGAUGAUGGACAUAACGGCCUCUACGUCGCAACAGUCGCCAUAGGAGGGAUGACUUGCUCAUCUUGCAGCAGCACGAUUACAAAAGAAUUGAAUGGUCUCGACUUCGUGGAGACCGUCGACGUCAGCCUUAUGACCAAUAAUGCACGAGUGGUCUUUCUCGGGACCAAGGCGGACUCUGACAAACUUGUUGAGGCCAUCGAGGACUUGGGCUAUGAAGCUACAGUCAAUGAUGUUCUGCCACUGAAACAAACAAAACCUUCGCCAGAAGAUGAAAGUGAUGAAUACAAGGCUACGUUGAGCAUCGGGGGCAUGACUUGUGGAAGCUGUGUGGGGACAAUCACUCGAGGAGUUCAGGAGCUUCCAUUCGUGAGCUCGGUCAAUGUUGAUCUGGUGGGAAAUCGAGGCGAUAUCGUCUUCCGCGACAGACAAAAACUCGAUGCCAUCCUAGAGAAAAUCGAUGACUUGGGCUACGAUGCUACUGUUGUUGAGGUGGAGUCCGUCGGGAAUCCUGCUCGGUCUAAAGCGUUGGAGAGGACGGUGCAAGUCAGGAUUGAUGGCAUGUACUGUGAGCAUUGUCCGGAGAAUGUGGUCGCUGCGCUCCAAGAUCGCUUGCCCUCGAAUGCUGUCGAGGGUGGACAUGCAUACAGCAUCACUCAAACACCGACCUUCAAAGACCCUCUUAUCACGAUCGUCUACCGACCCUCGCCCCCAGAAUUUACUGUGCGCAACUUCAUCUCGGUCAUCGACGCCUGUGAGGAAGCAUUCAAAGCCAGUGUAUAUCACCCUCCAACACUAGAAGAAAGGUCGCGUCGCAUGCAACGUAAAGAACAGACAGACAUUCUCAUGCGGCUGGUCUUCACCGCUGUGGUUGCCAUCCCCACUCUUAUCAUUGGUGUGGUCUACAUGAGUCUGGUGCCAAGUUCAAAUCCUACGAGGCAGUGGUGGCAACAACCUGUACUUGCAGGGAAUGCUAUGCGCGAGGAAUGGGCCUUGUUCUUCAUGACGACCCCAGUGAUGAUAUUCGGCACCGACAUAUUCCACACUAGGGCUUUGAAAGAGAUCAAGUCUCUCUGGAGGCGCAAAAGCAAAGUGCCCAUACUUCGCCGAUUCUAUCGCUUUGGGAGCAUGAAUCUGUUGAUCAGCGCUGGUGCCGCGGUGGCAUACUUUUCAUCUUUGGCGGUCCUGAUCAUGGACGCAACCAGCCCUCGGAAUAUGAGUCAAAGCCGGUCAUCUGAUACAUAUUUCGACACGGUCACCUUUCUCACGUUUUUCAUUCUCAUUGGCCGGUUUCUGGAAGCCUACAGCAAGGCUAAAACGGGUGAUGCUGUGGCCAUGUUGAGCAAGCUACGACCGUCGGAGGCACUACUAGUAGAGGACGUCGUAUCAGGUGAGACAGCGGGGCGGGCGACCAUUCAGAUGGUCCCUGUGGAUCAACUGGAGGUUGGGGACAGCGUUCAGAUUCCUCAUGGCACGUCGCCACCCACAGACGGCUUCAUAGAACAGCAGGGUACCUUUCUCUUUGACGAAAGUUCUCUCACAGGUGAAUCAAAACCUGUCAAGAAGGUGUGCGGUGAUGAAGUUUACACGGGUUCGGUGAACGUCUCGGAUCCGGUUCGAAUCAAGGUGACUGAGGUGGGCGGUACAUCUAUGCUCGAUCAGAUUGUCAAUGUCGUCCGCGAAGGCCAAGCCAAACGUGCUCCAAUCGAACGCAUUGCAGAUAUCCUGACAGGAUAUUUCGUGCCUAUCAUCACACUCAUUGCCAUCAUCACCUGGCUCAUCUGGUUGGGCCUGGGUGAAUCUGGAAAAUUACCACGAGCGUGGCUGGACGUGUCGAAAGGCGGCUGGGCGUUCUGGUCGCUCGAAUUCGCUAUUGCGGUAUUUGUGGUUGCCUGCCCUUGCGGCAUUGGGUUGGCCGCACCUACUGCGCUGUUUGUCGGUGGCGGACUUGCUGCCAAACAUGGCAUCCUCGUCCAGGGUGGAGGUGAAGCGUUUCAGGAGGCAUCCAAGCUUGAUGCGAUUGUAUUUGACAAGACCGGGACAUUGACAGAAGGUCAGAUGAAGGUGACUGACUUCGAAGUCCUUCACCAGCAUGAGCAAGAUGUGUUGAACAUCGACCAAAAGAUCCUUCUUGCAGCGUCUCGCUUGAUGGAAGAGUCAAGUACCCAUCCAAUCGCCAGAGCUAUUGCAGAGUUUUGCGCACAGCAGUCUGAAGUCCUGGACAUACGGUCAGAGGACAUCAAAGAAGUGCCUGGACAAGGCAUGACUGGACAGUUCACCGUCAGUAAAGACUUGGGUAGCGCACGAUACGAGGCUGCACUUGGCAAUGAACGGCUUCUAGGGUCGAUCGGCCUGGGUGAGACGUCGUCCAGUAGGAUCUCGACGAAAUCGGAGAAAGAACAUGACACAGUCGCGACAAAAGAUUACUACCUUGAUCAGAUCCUGCAGAAACACCAGUCCCUGGGCCACUCGACUGCUAUCUUUGCGAUCAGGAACGUAACUGCAGACUCGUCAGCUGCCUUCAUCCCUGCAGCCGUAUUUGCGAUCGCAGACCCUAUCCGCACAGAAGCCCCCGGGGUCUUGCAGGCGCUUCGAGAGUCCAAUCUCGAAAUCCACAUGUGUACUGGCGACAACCAGACUACUGCCCUGGCGAUUGCUUCUCAGCUGGGCAUUCAAGUCAGUAAUGUUCGUGCAGGUGUUCUUCCGCAAGACAAAGCAGCCUAUAUCCAGGAGUUGCAAGGGUUGUCCGGGCCGGACUCCGGCAAUAGUCGCCAGUCUCGCAGGAUCAUCGCAUUUGUAGGCGAUGGGACUAACGACACUCCUGCUCUCUCGGCAGCGGAUGUCUCAAUUGCGCUGUCGUCUGGAUCUGAUGUUGCCAUCACCACCGCGUCGUUCAUCUUGCUCAAUUCGGAUCUGAACACCAUACUGUCAUUAGUGAGAUUGGCCAAGAGGGUGUUUUUGCGUGUCAAGCUGAAUUUUGCAUGGGCGGCUGUGUACAAUGUAUGUUUGGUACCUGUAGCUGCAGGGGUCUUCUUCCCGCUUGGAGCAAGCCAUGACCAUGGGGGAUGGAGAUUGGGCCCGGUCUGGGCGAGUGUGGCGAUGGCGGCAAGCAGUGUGAGUGUGGUCACGAGUAGUUUGGCCCUGAAGUUACCUGAGAUUAGAUGGAGGAAGUAGGGGAUGAAAUAGAUCUCUCGCGAUUCCUCAGGUAGUCAACCGGUCAUAACAAUUAUUAUUAUGGCCUACGAGUACAGCGUUAUUCUAUACUCGUUAUACGAGACUUACGCCACGAUGUUGAUCUUCUUCUCACGCGACUUUGACAGUACAUACACGUACUUUCGCAUGGGUGUGGCGCAAGUCUA